ACCCGUUCACUGGGACUUCUUCCCCGGCCAUGACAGAGUACAUGGCUUGGUACCGUCGCAUCACGAGACUGGUCAUUACUCCACCUUCGCAGGAGCGCCCCCCGAGUCAUUACCAGCCAGCUACCUCUGACCUCCUGCUUGCACAUGCAUUUGCUGAUUUGCACGUCCAGCUAUCGGGAGCUACUGAGACCAUCUCCCACUUGCCACCAGAGACGGCUAUACCAUUUGCCAUACAGACGAUGCAGGGUUUUACAUCAUUUUGUGGCCAAACCUUGUCUAGGGUGGGGCAGUCACACCUUAUUCAGCAGCCUCGACCGUCCACGUCUUCAUCUUCUACUGUGCACAUUAUGCCGAUCAGACCACCACCUCAUCGUGGAGGCCAUUCAGCACGUGCCUUCCGUCCACCGACUCCUUCUCAGCAUACUAUCAUGACAUCUCCUCCACUAGUGCAUCGCCAGUAUCAGAGAAACCGACGGCGUAGCAACACUACGUCUGGGGUUGGAGUUGGCCUGGAUGACAUUCCAGAGGAGACAGCUGCAUCAUCUUCAUCGUCACCUCAUGGGAAGAAGCAACGCCCGAGCUAAGUGUAUAUUUUGGAACUAAACUAAUUUUUUUGUAAAUGCUUAGAAUUGGAUUUUGUUAUAUUUAAUCAAUUGAAAAAUAUUCGACUUUGCAA